AUCUAAAUCAAUUCUCCCCGCUGCAUUUGGAGAAUGGCCAGGACAGAACAAUUCGAGAAACUGAGGCCUGUCGGCGGAUUAGAGCAAUACGCCACCGCCAGGCACCACCUGCGCUUCUUCUACAAUGCCGGCGUAACCGCAACUUACACCCUGCCGAGCACCUACGCUCUCCCUGCCAAGGACUACAUCUACAAGGCCUGCGCGACGCUCAUCGCGCACCACCCGAUCCUCUCCGCCAUCCCGGUGGGCGAGGAAACGAAAGAGCCGUAUUUUGCGCGUCUGCCGCAGAUUGAUCUCACGGGGGCGGUGUCGUUCCACCAGCGAGCGGUCGGGUUUCCGGAAGCCGAAGAUGCCCAAGAUGACGAUUUAGAAGCCCUCUUGAAAGCCCAGCAUAAUCGGGCGUUUGAGCCGCCGUUGCCGUAUUGGCGGCUUUGCGUGUUGGUGGAUGAGAACGAGAGGCGGUUUACCGCUGCGUUUGUUUUUCAUCAUGCCGUUAGUGAUGGGGAGUCUGGGAAGGCGUUCCAUCGGACGUUCCUGCGUGCGUUGCAGGGUCUGGAGGCGCUAGGGGCCGGUGAGGUGCUGGGUAUUGUGAAGCCGCCGGAGAUGCCGCUUUUGCCGAGUCUGGAGCAGGCGCAUCCGCUGCCUUUGUCGUGGUGGUUUGUCGCGACGACGCUGUUUAAGGUGAAGGUUUGGUCUCCGGCGCGGAAUCCGGGGCUCUGGACGGGCGGGGUGAUAGCCUCGUCGUUGGAGACUGACCUGCGGCAUUUCGCGGUCUCGAGAGCGUCGAGUACGGCGUUGAGGGAUGCUUGUCGCGAGAAUGGGACGACGGUGACUGGCGCGUUGCAGACGGUUGUUGCUCGCGCGCUGUUCAAGAAUCUACCGGAGACCUGUACGCAGCUUAAUUGCUCCGGCGCCAUGUCGACUCGGAGGUGGCAUUUGGGUGUCAUUACCGAGGAUUCCAUCGGUGACUGGGUCAAUGGCUACGGCGAUACGCAUGAUCGUGCGAAUCUGGCGGGUCCCUCGUUUCCGUGGGAGGAGGCUCGACGGGCUCGCGAGACAACCGAGGGUGUGUUGAACCUGCAGGGCACGAAUAUGACCCCGGCGCUUUUGAAAUACGUGGAUGAUUUCAAAGAAGAGCUCUUUCUGUCGAAGGUGGGGAGCGAGCGCGAUUCGAGCUUUGAGGUCUCGAAUAUCGGCGCGGUCGGGUUGAAAGAGGCCCCGGAUUCUUCGACGCCGCAGAUGGGCCGCAUGGUUUUCUCUCAGAGUGCCAAUGUUACCGGCAGUGCCGUUGUGGUGUCUUCUGUCACCGGCGCAGAUGGAUGUCUGGUCGUCACGUUUGUGUGGCAGAAGGGGAUCGUGGAUGAGGAUCUGAUGUCAUCUUUGGUUCCGGCUGUGAAGGCGGAAUUGCUGAGCCUGUGUGCCAAGUGAUGAGUUGGUUGGUUUGAUAUUGCUAUUGGUUAUAACCUGUACAGUAUAGAGCUGUCACUUAGAUACGAUUAAUGUUUAAUAUGUGU